AUCUUUGUUACCCACGCACGCACAAGGUUAAAAAAAUCAUAAGAAAACAAAAGAACAAAAACCAAAAAGAAAAGAAAAUAAGUACUCCUCCAUUGCCUAUUAUUUAUCCUUUCCUUUUCUCUGUCUCCUCUUCUUUUCUCUCUCCUUUUAAUUUUCAUCCUCCUUUCUUCCCAUAUACGAAAUCCCUAAAUUCAGCUCAUUGUCAAUGGAGUUUGUUUUUACAGACAAAAGCCAUCCAUAGCAGCUUCCUUAAACAAAUCAAUUACCUUAUUACAAACCCAAACAAAUCAUAAGUAUUUCAUCCAUUUUUUUAACUUGAUUUUGCUCCCUUUUUUCUUUUUUCCCAAAAAGCUUAACUUAGGCAACAUCUACUCUUUUUACGACCCACCCUUUUUGAUCAAAAACCCACUUUAGCUGAUCAAAAACCCACUUUCUUUGAUCACCCAGAUCAUCUUUUGCAGAUCUUUCGUAAAAAGACUUAUGGGAGACAUGGAUUCAGGCAAUAGUGGAAGUAUGCAGUCUUCAAGUACUGGUGGUGGUGGUGGUGAAGAUCAAGAAUACGAUUCACGCGGUGGCGCAGCCGUGUUUUUUAACCCAGCCGCGGCCGCGAUAUCGAACUUCAACCUUGAAAACAUGACUCCUCCGCUUCAACUUUACUCUUUUAGCAACAACAACGGAUCAUCCUCGUUUGCUCAUCAUCAAGUAUCCAACUAUUUUGAUCAUCCACCUACUUUAUCUCAAUCUUCUUCACUUGAGUGUUCCAACUUUAUGUUAAACCACCAUAAUAAUGGUACCAAUAAUAAUCCUAACAACAACAAUAAUCAACUCGACAUGGUGUGGCCCAAUAAAUUUGCCUCAAUUAGACCGUCUAUAUCAACCGAUGAUGCUAAUUGCACUCAUCAUGAUGGUCCUCUUAGCUACAGCAUCACCAACAAUCAGCAACAACAACAGCAACAGCAACAGCCGAUGCCAGUACCAGCUCAAGGCCCUCCUACAGCGCCAACAAAUGCCGGAUCGAGUCGAAACCCGAAGAAAAGGUCGAGGGCUUCAAGGCGAGCACCUACUACUGUGCUAACUACCGACACUAGCAAUUUUAGACAAAUGGUUCAGGAGUUUACUGGCAUCCCUGCGCCACCAUUUACCGCCUUCUCGACUCGAACACGAUUCGAUAUCUUUGGUGGUUUAGGUGGUCAUUCUAGCUCUACUACAGUGCCACCUCCACCUUAUCUUUUAAGACCUUUUCCACAAAAGAGAACAACAACUCUUCACCAACCAUCAUUUUUAGCUAAUUCCUCACUUCCUUCACUUACUACUACUACUACUACUACUAGUACUAGUAAUAUUAACAAUAGUAAUGCUGCUUUAGUUGAUGGGAUUGGUUUAGCACCUUCUAGUACUACUUGUGCUGCCAAUACUAGUGUUAGCACCACCAUUGCACCACCACCAACAACCACCGCUUUUCAAUUAUGUGAUCCGCAUGAGUUUCUUAACACCAACAACAAUAACAACAACCACCCUCAGCUCAGCUUUCAAUCCCUCCUUCAACCCUCUUCCGUCGCCGUUACUUGUACUACUGCCACUCCUCAUCAUACUACUUGCUCUGUUAAUCCUGCAGGUGAUGCUCUUGUUAAUGGCCGCGGUACCGGUACUAAUGGAGGUGCUACCAAGGGUGAAGGUAUGGUGGAUUCAUGGAUUUGUUCAUCUGAUUAGUUAGCUUAUCAAGUAUUGAUUAAUGUAUUUUAUCAAGUAUAUUUGUAGCAAAUUAAAGUAAACUGUGACAAGAAAGAAGAUUAUUAAUUAACUAGUACUUAAUUAUAACUAAUUGAGGUGGGGGUGAUAUAUAGUUUUAGCUAGCUAGUAAUGUAUGGAAGUUUUUAACCAUUGAAAAUUCACUAUCAUCUGUAUAUAUAUUGCUAAUAUACGUUAUACUUCUUUUCA